AUGUCCCGCCACCACCCCGACCUCGUCAUGUGCCGCAAGCAGGCGGGCAUCGCCAUCGGGCGGCUCUGCGACAAGUGCGACGGCAAGUGCCCCGUCUGCGACUCGUACGUGCGGCCCACGACGCUGGUGCGCAUCUGCGACGAGUGCAGCUUCGGCAACUACCAGAACAAGUGCGUCGUCUGCGGCGGCGAGGGCAUCAGCGACGCCUUCUACUGCCACGAGUGCACGCGCCUCGAGAAGGACCGCGACGGCUGCCCCAAGAUCAUCAACCUCGGCAGCUCCAGGACCGACCUGUUCUACCAAAAGAAGACGAAUCGGACGUAUUAG